UUGCCGUGGACAUGCAGCAUACAAGAGGCAUGCGUUUGCAGUGAAUUCUGAAUCCGCUUUUGGUCUAAAAUAGAAAUGCGGCAACAACACACAAUAAGUGGGUCGACAAGGCUAUCCUAUCUCAAACCAAAAGACAGUAUUUUGGGUGGAAAGAAGAGGGUUCAAUGGUGUUGAGGGAUUUAGAAGAAGAGUGAAUAAUUCGCGUGACAACAUUUUCAUCAACCAAUAAGAUCCCAAGGAAUGGCAAAUUGCAAAAGUAGGAAAAAACAGCUGCUGCCCGCGCUAUACAUUUGCACGAUUGUGACAAGACAAACACACUAUACACGAUUGUGUUUUAGAGGUAAGUUUUGUGGCCAACAUUAUUGAUUGAUUUUAGAGUAUACGGAGUAAAACCGUCUUGGUUGGUCACAAAACAACAAACACACAAACGAGCAACGGCCGCGUGCAGCGAGGUGUAGCAUUCAGUGCGCUCUACUGAAUGAAACCCUCCUAAUUUCGUUCAGUUUAAGCCAACUUCCAGUGGACCUUCUCUUGGCGUAGAAGAUAUGUGCCCCCUCCCCUUUUGUGUGUGGAAUAAUCGGCACUUAGCAUCUCGAAUGCUACUACCAAACCAAUCGACACAUACUAUUUAAAUAAAUUUAUCAAAAUAUAACCUACAGUUUAUCUGGGUUUUCUAGUUGUCGUGUUUUACGUUUGUUGUAAAGACGGACAAUACACCAUUACGGUUGAAAUGGGUCUUAAUGGGGCAGUAGUCUCUUUCCCUUCCUUAUCUUAAUAGAUCCUUUGCAGUAAUCAAAGCGAAUGCCACAAGGAAUGGCAUGCGAGGUGUGCGCCAUUGCCCCGAUGCUCUUCAGUACCACCACUAUCCAGAUGCGAACUAAGCAUGGAUAUGGAUAGUAGGAGCCCACCUAAUCCACGACCCCCGCAUGAUGCUGCACACGCACACUGAUACUAAGGUACACCAUACGCCGCACAGAGCCAUUCACAGUCCAAUUGAACUGUUCGCGUGUGUUUAGUGCGAAAGGUGUCGAGGAUAGCGCGCAAUUGUUUCAAUGUAGCCCGGUUACACAGGAGAACUUAUUUCCAGCAAAAUAACGAUGGUCUUUCUGCGAGUACGAAACACCACCGAAUCGCUUCCAGAGUAUUCUGUUGCGUUGCUGUUACGUCCACUGUGAGACACAACGACACACGGGUGUACACCCUCCUAUCCUGCUGAAGAAGGGACACUCUCGUUUACAAAGCGCCUCAAAAGCUGUACUACGCCGCUACCAGCUAAGACUAGAUUACUGCUGCUGCUGCUAUCACCGGAUGCUUGCUACGGCAAAAUCGCAUUGGCUGUGCUGUUGGAUAGAGGAAGAGACAAGCCCUUCCCCCUACCACUCCAUCUACGAAGAGAACACUUUUCCCGGACCGAGAAAAACACGCAGCACCAAAGAUGGUGCGUAGUGUUCUGCGUUCUUUCGAACUUCUAAUGGACUGGUUGGGAAGGGUCAGUCAUAGCACUAGUUGCCACACGAUGUAAAGCAAAGUUUGUUUUCUUUGCUUUGAGUAAGUACAAAACAUUUGUCAUUCUUUAACCUACCAGUACACGGUAUAUCUUUCUUUCUCUCUAUCCCGCUCUACCUUUCUAUCUCUUCAUCGAGCAUAUGAAUGCAAAUGCGGAACGGAACCAAUCACGCGGCAAUGUUGUCUGGCAUAGAAUCAACAUCAAGACAAUCCAUCGUCUUAGGGGUACUUUACAGUCCUCAUCGGUGUACUCUACAGAUCUUGCAAACAUAAUGGCUUAAAUAUUUGGUUGGUUUUCUAGUUGUGCUAUCAAACACUAUUUUUUGCGUUGUGGAGGUCCUCUGUAGGUGCCACGUGUAGCUGCUGCAUUUAUGAUAUAACCCCAGCCAUCUGAAUUAGGUCCCAUCAUCACUAGUAACUCUACGAUGGGUAAAAGAAACUCUAUGAUGGGUAAUCCGUAUGCACAUCUCGGAGAGAGUUGUGAACAACAAAUAUCUGUCGCGCUCAUCGUCAUCCGUUGUUGCUGUGCGAAUGCAAAUAUGUGCAACUAUACAACGCUGUUGUAUGUUCUGCAACAUGCAGAACACGAGGAUAUAGAUCUCACCACAAAGUCCUCCGAGCAAGACGGAUGCAUUCGAACGAUCUCCAGUAAUAUUCGAACGCUCAGCCAACCUCUCUAAUGCCUUACUUACAGCAAGCACAUGCACGUUCAAACUAGCUCAUUAUGAUAAGGGCAGGAGUAUUAAUUGCGCUUUGUAUUUCCCUCUCGAUUUGCGCCCGUUUGACAACAGCGCAGUGCUGGUCAUCAUAAAAAUUAGGCGAUUAAUGUACUGGAACGUCUAUCACACGCCUUUCGGCUGAGAAUUUUGUUUUCAGAAAACAGUGAUGCUAUCAUUAUACAUAUUGUGGUAUUGUCAACCACCAGAAACACAAAUGUUUAAAGACAUGUUUUUACUGCUGCUCGAAUCGCACCAACUCCUCGCUCUCGAGGAAG